UCGUCCGCUGUGGAAAAUAAAUAGCUUACGUAAAAAGAUGCAUGCAUACCUGUCUACAUACUCGCAAGGAUAUCUGAGGUAAUUUUCCGUCAGUUACUUUCUUUUGCUGUUGCCACUAACGAAAUAGACUGGAUAAAAUAUGACAGCUGAUAUGGCAUCGGAAGGAAAACCAACGCUUGUGUCAUCAGAAUGGUUACAGAAUCAGUUAAAGAGCAAAGAAGGCGUGUCCAGAAGACUUCGAAUACUUGAUACAACAUUCGACAGAUACAGACAAAUUGACACAUAUAAAGAUUGUUACCUAAAAGAACAUGUACCAACUGCUCUUUUCUUCGACCUACAUAAAUGCGUGCAAAGUACAUCUGAAAUACCCCGUAACUUACCGGAGGCAAACAGCUUCACAGAGUACGUGCGAAGUUUGGGAGUGUGGCCUGAUACACAUGUAAUCGUAUAUGACCGGGAUGAUCUUGUGCCAGCAUUUCGUACAUGGUGGCUAUUUAGGAGAUCAAAUUUUAGCAUAAACAUGAAUAAAACCCUUUUGCACUCAUAUGAAGAUAUGUUUGAUAAUGUGGCGAAGAGUAAGAACAGACAGAUAGUUGAUUCCAGAAUGAGAGACGACCCUAAAAUGAUAGACCUUGCAAUGGAUGGCGGCAUAAUACCAAACUCGAAAAUUGUGUCAUACACGGACUUGUUUAACGAGGACCAAACAAUGAAAUCACCACCGAUGCUGAAGGCAUUAUUUGAUGUGGCUGGCGUUGAUACCUGUUCGCCAAUGGUAGUGACCUGUAACACUGGCAUGACAGCCUGCUGUGUAGCUGCUGCUAUGCAUAUCCUUGGACAGGACAUACCCGUCUAUUAUGGUUCUUGGACUGAAUGGAGACAUCGUGCGCCUGAAGAAUUAAAACAACGAGUAAAAGCAGACGAUUAAAUUUCACAUUGAACUUUAAAACCUAGCAAAGGAAACAGUAAUCACCACAAUAUUAGAAUUUAUGAAUAUAUCAGUGUCUUCCUUAAGAUUACUUGUUUAAUGGUAUUAAAUGUAUUUCUUCAGACUUUUAAUAUAUAUAAAUGAUAUUAUAGCAUA